AUCAUCAUGGUAUAGACUAAUAAUAUAUUUCAAUAAUUUUUAUACAUGAGAAAAACUGGACGCAACUUAUAACGAAAGAGAUACACUAUGUUAAAUUUAAUUUAAUUGAAAAAGAAUUUGUAUAGUCCGUAACCAAUUAGGUUACUCACCGGAUUUGUUGUCACUUACUUCCCACUAGCCAGUCAUUCCUAUUUGAUUCCAAAUCCUCUCAACUUUCAAAUGCAUUAGACAUGAUUUCACUAAAAGAAAUUAGCCAACGCUUAUUUAUAUGUAAUUUUUUUUUUCAUUUUCAGAGCAUUUAGGAUUUAAGGGUGCUCUAGAAAAAGGUGAUUUUUUUUUAUUUGCUGGGUGAAGAGUAUAAAAGAGUAAGAAAGUAACUUUAAGAUCUUUUCAAAACGACGUUUAGGUUCAAGGCUAGUAGUAUUACCAAUAAACCAAUUCUUUGUUCGUUAUCAAUACAUUAACAAUUCCGCAGAGUAAUUAAGACUUUUUGGAGGGAGACUAGACUUUGUAAACUGAUGAUUAGACACGAUCUAGAAGCAGUAAACCACAGUUUAUCUCAUUACUUUAAGCAUGAUUGAAAUCCAGCUAUGAGUGUAGUUAUAGAAGAGGGAGAAGCCACAACCAGCUGAAUGCUGAUGCUGAUGCAUUGUGGAAAUUGGAAUUUCCAGUCAAGAAAACGUGACUAAUCAACUUCUUUCCUCGAUCUCAGACUAAUCAACCCAAUUAUUAUGCUCACAGUACAUCUAUGAAAACGCGUUCAUAAAAUAUAUGCUCGUCGAAAUCGCGCAUUGAACGCUCUACAACGAUUGAGUGAGUAAAUAUGGUGACAUUUUAUUUAUAAAAUCUAUCGCUUGAACACCUGGAAUUUCUUGUUUAUGUCGUUGGAAUGGCGUGGAAUUUCUUGUUCCUAAAGAUAAAUCUUGGCAGGUUGUGUUACACAAGAUUCGUGGAAUUGUCUACCACUGGAAUUUUGUCUUCAGAGUUUGCUGUAAGCAGCCGGAUGAUAGAUACCAUAAGCUGUUGUGUUCUUGUUGUUUGUAUGUUAAACAAAUUGCAAGUGUAUCCUCUUCCUGGCGCAAGGCUCUGUGUUUACGCACUAGAUACCGAAACAAAAAGGCCAUUAUUCAAUCAGAAAGCACGAGGGCGCAAGCAUCACCACGUUCCCCUGCAGAUAAGGUCACCAGAGUCUCGGAGAUUUACAGGUAAAGGGAGGUUUACUACAACUGCUCUGUUUUUUUUUUUUUGCGCUGAAAACAGAGCAUAUGAAAUUGGACGGAAAUGUGGUACAGACUCGCCAAGAAACACCAAAGAAAAAAUCGAAAGCUGGUUCGUUUUUGUGGGUGGGUGGGUUUUAAACGUGGGCCUUUUGACGUUUGUGAGAGAGCACCUCCUCGAUGACAUAAAUGGCGGUCAAUUCUCUGUGAUGGUCAGUUUCCUAAAAUCGCCGAAUCAAACUCAUGUAUCAAGGCUUCCAUCUCCCUCCCAAAAACAGGAAAGAUAGGCAAGUAGACAACUGACCUAACUUUAAUUCCAACCCGACAAAUACAAUGUAGCAGAUUCAAUUGCCACCGCCUCUCCUCCAACCACCAUAUCCAGCCAAACUUGCUGCAAUAAAAAAAAAAAAAAAAAUCCCACCUUUUCCAUCUCUUUACAAGUCCAAUUCACUAUUUGAUAGUCUCUCUGUGUUACUCCGCAAUCAGGUGAGAAAUUUUCUCUGAGGUCACGGGGAUGGCUUCCAGUUUCUCGGUUGAGGGAAUCCCUCGACAGGAUCACCCUCAGUGCGUUGUUCUUGGCGACGAGAAGGAAGAAGUGAACGACAACCCGAUCGAGCAGGUCCGACUAACAGUUCCGAUCACCGACGACCCGACCCAGCCGGUCCUAACUUUCCGGACAUGGGUCCUCGGAAUCCUCGCCUGCGCAAUUCUUUCCUUCGUCAACCAAUUCUUCGGCUACCGUCAGAACCAGCUCUUCGUCGGCUCGGUCUCCGUCCAAAUCGUGGUGCUCCCACUGGGGAAGCUAAUGGCGGCAACUCUGCCUACUAGGAAAUUCAAAAUUUUCCCCUUUUCGGACUACAAAUGGUCGAUGAAUCCCGGGCCGUUCAAUAUGAAGGAGCACGCUCUCAUCACCAUCUUCGCCAGCUGCGGCUCGAGCGGCGUCUACGCGGUUAAUAUCAUCACAAUCAUCAAGGCAUUCUACAAGCGGGGUCUCAACCCGGGUGCCGCUUUCCUCCUGGCGCAGACUACCCAAUUGCUCGGCUACGGGUGGGCCGGGCUGUACCGGAAAAUCCUCGUCGACUCGCCCUUCAUGUGGUGGCCGGCGAACCUGGUCCAGGUCUCGCUGUUUCGUGCGCUGCACGAAACAGAGAGGAGGACGAAAGGUGGCUAUACGAGGCUCCAAUUCUUCACCAUCGUGUUCAUUUGCAGUUUUGCUUACUACGCAUUUCCGGGUUACUUCAUGCCUUCCAUUUCCACCGUAUCGGUGGUUUGCCUGAUUUGGACCCGGUCGGUUACCGCGCAGCAGGUUGGGUCCGGAUUGAACGGGCUCGGCGUGGCGAGUUUCGGGCUCGAUUGGGCUACCGUGGCUAGCUUCCUCGGCAGUCCGAUUGCCAAUCCUCUGUACGCAAUCGUCAACUCGUUUGUUGGGUUCGUGCUGCUGAUCUAUGUGGUUCUGCCCAUUGCUUACUGGGGAAACGUUCACCACGCGAAACGUUUCCCCAUCUUCUCGUCCGAUACAUUCGACAGUACGGGGCAGCCUUAUAACAUUACGAGGAUAAUCAACGACAAGAGUUUCGACAUUAAUUUGUCGGCUUACGACGGUUACAGCAAGAUCCAUCUCUCAAUCUUCUUUGCCUUUGUGUAUGGGCUGAGUUUUGCUACUCUUACUGCAACCAUCUCACAUGUUGCUCUAUUUGAUGGACAGGUGAUCGUGGAUCUGUUCAAAAAGGCGACAGCAGCGAGCAAAGAGCGAUUCGCUGAUGUGCAUACUAGAAUGAUGAAGAGGAACUAUGAUGCAGUACCACAAUGGUGGUUUAUUCUUGUACUGGCAUUGAGUUUCGCGAUGGCUUUGUUUGCUGUGGAGGGUUUUGGGCAGCAACUGCAACUUCCCUGGUGGGGACUCAUCUUUGCCUGUGCCCUGGCCAUGGUUUCCACACUGCCCAUUGGUAUAAUUCAGGCCACUACGAACAAUCAAAUAGGGCUAAACGUGAUCACGGAGCUAAUGAUCGGCUAUGCAUACCCUGGAAAGCCUCUAGCCAAUGUUGCAUUCAAGACCUAUGGCUACAUCAGCAUGUCCCAAGCUCUUUCCUUCGUGCAAGACUUCAAACUUGGACACUACAUGAAAAUCCCUCCCAAAUCCAUGUUCAUAGUUCAACUUGUCGGAACGCUAGUUGCUUCGAGCGUCUACUUCGCCACAGCAUGGUGGAUACUCGAGAGCGUCCCCAACGUCUGCGACUUGGAAGUCCUGCCGGCAGGAAGCCCGUGGACGUGUCCCGGCUACGACGUGUUCUACAGCGCGUCGAUCAUCUGGGGAGUCGUAUCGCCACGAAGAAUGUUCGGAGACCUAGGCAUCUACAAAGAGCAGUACUGGUUCUUCCUGCUCGGCUUGCUUGCUCCGGUCCCGGUCUGGCUGCUGUCCCGCAAGUUCCCACACAAGAAGUGGAUCAAGCUGAUCCACAUGCCGCUGAUCCUCGGCGCAUCGGCCAGCAUGCCGCCGGCCAAACCGGUUCAUUACUGGAGUUGGGCGGCGGUUGGGUUUUUCUUCAACUACUACUUGUACAAGAAGCACAAAGGGUGGUGGGCUAGACAUGCCUACAUACUGUCAGCUGCAAUGGAUGCAGGGGUUGCCUUCAUGGGGAUUCUUCUAUUUUUCGCGCUACAAUCGAAGGACAUCUACGGUCCGAACUGGUGGGGGCUCGACGCGUCGGACCAUUGCACGUUGGCCAAGUGCCCCACUGCACCUGGAGUCCAAGUCCAGGGCUGCCCUGCCAUUUCAUAACAGUACUCUGGCUAGCCUAGUUUACUAGCAAUGUUUCACAUGUUUUUUAUUUUCUACAUUUGCAAGUCGCGUUACUAGGACGAAUCGUAUGUCACAUUAUAGGAAUACAAAGUUGUUUGUACA